GGAAAAAAAAAAAAAAAUAAAUAAGAAUUGAUUCUCUGUCAGACUGUGAAAGUCUACGCGUAUAUAUUUUGCGAGUGGGAAAACCCACUUGUGAAUCGCAAUUUUUAUGUGUUCUGCAGACUCUGCAUAUUCUUGAAUCGCAGAGCUUCGUGGUCUGUUGUUCGGAUUCAAUCGGAGGAUCGAUGGCCCUGGUUACAACUGCUGAAGUUUGUGAUGCAAACCCACAGCUGAUUUCAAGUGGUGAGCUUCGGGCACUCCAGCCAAUUUUUCAAAUAUAUGGCCGUCGCCAGGUCUUCUCCGGACCGAUAGUUACCCUCAAGGUGUUUGAAGACAAUGUUUUGGUUCGUGAAUUUCUUGAGGAGAAGGGUAAUGGUCGAGUUCUUGUGGUAGAUGGUGGUGGAAGUUUGCGGUGUGCAAUAUUGGGGGGCAAUCCUGUGGUACAAGCCCAGAAUAAUGGAUGGGCAGGAAUAGUUGUGAACGGUUGUAUAAGAGAUGUUGAUGAGAUCAAUGGUUGUGACAUUGGGGUGAGGGCUCUAGCCUCUCAUCCAAUGAAAGCCAAUAAGAAAGGUAUGGGAGAGAAGCACGUUCCAAUCACAAUUUCUGGGACUAGGAUCUCUGAUGGGGAAUGGCUUUAUGCUGACACCGAUGGAAUUUUGAUUUCCCGAACUGAGUUAUCUGUCUAAAGGCAUUUCCUUGAAAGACAGUAUGUGCAGGAUGAUAUUUGUGUUGGUUAAGUUCUGUUCUAUUGCUUCACCUAUAAAAAUAAAUUUAUGUUGUAUUGCUUCUUACUGUAAGCUGUUCUGGAGCUCAGUUUUGGACUUUUGCCUAGACUGUGUGGUGUUCAAUGAACAUUAGUCAAUGUAUGCUUAUGUCUUUGCCCGUCUGAAA